GCUUUUUAGAACGCAGCUUCUCCUUGACGACCGUAUGGUCCCUCGGGUCGCCCGUUUCAACCAAGUUUAAAAGACGUGGUUGCACGUCGCUGAUCUUUACCUGAGAGUUGAAGACAAAGUAUUUGGGCGUGCAGACGUCGUUGUAGUCCUUGGCGGUGGCGUUGUUGGGGGACAAAGUGGCGUUGAGGAGUUUACUGAACGUCUCAUUCCCAGCGUGGACGUCUUCAGGAAGAGGACACGGGAUCUGGAACUUCUUGAUGAUCACCUGUGGGACCAAAGCAUUGCUUUGUGACCACGCUGGAAAGAAAUUCAGCAGCUUCACAUGCCACACGCUCGUCAGCACCAAGGGAGAAAAAAACAGCCCGAAACCGCAAGAAGGCGUCGCUCGCAGAAAAAAUGCCAAGAACAGAAGUUGCGGUGAGAAGAAGCGGCGGUCGAGCUUUGAGCGGCGGUCGAGCUUUGAGCGUGAUGUGAGGCAAGGUCGCAAUCCCGGCUGCUGCGAAUACAGUGCUUCCCGCUGGGAAGAACACAUGCAGCGGGUGGGCGCAGCCGGGCGGCUUCCCGGCCUGAGUCUGGCAGUGGAGGUAUGUGGAGGGGGGCGUGGCCUGCGGGCCUGCCGCGGAACGGGGUGUGCAAGGACCGGCCUCGAAGACAGCGACAGGAAGUCUGGCAGCAGGCUUUUGUCAUGACAGCUUCCUGUUUGACCGCAGAUGGCGGGAAGAAGUGGCGCCGUGAAGCUCAGUGUCACCAACAGCCUGCAGCGCCACCACCCCGACGUGGUUCAAUUCAAGGGUUGCAGCUUGCUGCGCGGUUGUUCUCCCGGGAUGCAAAACGGACAACUCCGGACGACAGCGUGAAGGAGCUGUUUACAAAUCCUUGCAACAUGGGGCCCUGCAUUGUCUUGCUGCAACAUGAGGUGAUGGUCUCGGGUGAUUGGCACAACCUCAGGAUCUCAUCACGUGUCGCCAUGUUUCCCCCGUUUGAAGCGUGCGCCAGUGGCACCCCACCUGCCACUCUGAUCCUGGACACCCGUCCGCCUCCAGCGGCCUGCACGUACCUGAGAGGAGAUCUGGUGGCCUUGCUGCACCAGGACAUGAGAUCAAUGUCCGCUGACUCACCUAUCACUUCUGGAUAUGAAACCUCCAACCUGUCCUUGCCAGCUCAGCCUGCGUGUCAUCUUCCAGUCGGCGGGCACAAUGAACGUCGGGGGGAGUCGAGGCUUGCAGGUUCUCAAAUGUCAGGUGGAAAGUUGGCUGCCCUCCACGUUGAAGGUGAUGUGUAACACUUAAUAUAUAUCACCUCCCUCAUUUAGAAGAAAAGCACAUUUAUAGCUAAAACUUUCUUCAUGUCUUCAUGCACUUACGCAAAAUGUUCAUGUUUUCAGGGUUUUUUUUUCACACACUUUGGGAAAAAAAGUCUUCCAACCCCA